UUUGUCAAGUCAAGCGUGCGUGUAAACCAUAAACAAGGUGUAAACAAACUUAAUUUUGACCUAGGUACGAAAAAUGUUGAGCGUGAGGAAAUAAUCGGAUUCGGUUGUUCAUAAUAACAUUGCUAUAAAUAACUUUCAGUUGAUAACAAGUUGACCAGCUUAUAUGUUAGUGAAUGAUCGCAAAAUUCUCAGUUUUAAUUCAGUAGUAGCGACAAUGGGCCGUUUAAUCUGGUGUAUCUUGUCGGUACAAAUAUUUAAUUUAACGUUUUCCCAUUGCUUCCUGCACAAAUAUCCCAAGAUAUCGGACACAUUCAACGAUGGCGGCGAUGCAGGCGAUGCUUUGUUUCUUACGCCCUAUAUAGAAAGCGGGAACGUGACUGAAGGCCGUCGUCUUGCUCGUGUCCCCUUCACGGAGAGUCUCCGAAUCAAGAGUUACGCGGGCUACUUCACUGUCAACAAGACGUACAAUUCCAACCAAUUCUUCUGGUACUUUCCCGCGAUGAUUCCGAACAACAAGUUAGCUCCCGUGGUGCUGUGGCUACAAGGAGGUCCGGGCGCCACUUCUUUGUACGGGCUUUUUACCGAAAACGGACCGUUGAGAGUGCGCAACAAGAAGUUGGAGAGGCGCAAGUAUAACUGGGCGCUAAAUCACCACCUCAUCUACAUCGACAACCCUGUGGGGACCGGGUUCAGCUUCACAGACGACCCUCGAGGUUACUGCAGAGAUCAAGUCCAGGUCGGCGAAGAACUAUACUCAAGUGUAGUGCAGUUCCUCCAGCUGUUCCCGGAGUUGCAGCAAAAUAAGUUCUUUGUGACCGGAGAGUCUUAUGCCGGAAAGUAUGUACCUGCCUUAGCUUACACCAUCCAUAAGAAAAAUCCUGGUGCUAAAUUAAAAGUUAAUUUGAAAGGCUUAAGCAUAGGCAAUGGGCUGAGUGACCCGGAACAUCAGAUGGUGUACGGAAAGUAUCUGCAACAGAUUGGACUAAUUGAUUUUAACCAGCAGAAGGUUUUCGAAGAAUACCAGGAUAAAACAAUUAACUACAUUAAACAGCAGAAAUGGGACGAUGCAUUCAAUACAUUUGAUGCUCUGUUGAAUGGAGAUCUUAUAGAUGGUAAGAGCAUCUUCUACAAUAUGACUGGAUUUAAGUUGUAUUUCAACUAUUUGCAUACUAAAGAUUACACAGGGUAUGAAGACUUUGGCACAUUUAUACAGCAAAGUGCCACACGCAAGCAAAUUCAUGUUGGAAACUUACCUUUUAAUGAUGGAGUAAAUGUUGAGAAGCAUUUGAAACAAGAUGUGAUGAAAUCAGUAGCCCCAUGGAUUUCGGAACUCCUAGAUCAUUAUUACGUUGUAAUUUACAAUGGCCAGUUGGAUAUUAUUGUUGCGUAUCCCUUGACAGUAAAUUAUUUAAGGAAUUUGAAUUUCACUGGUGCCGAAGAGUACAAGACUGCGAAGAGAUACAUUUGGGAGGUGGAUGGUGAGAUAGCUGGGUAUGUGAAGCAAGCGGGGAAGCUAGUGGAGAUUAUGGUGAGGAAUGCAGGCCACAUGGUGCCCGGAGACCAGCCCAAGUGGGCCUUGGAUAUAAUUACUAGAUUUACUCAUGAAAAAACCUUCACUGGCCAUCACAAAUAUAGGAAACAUGCUUUAAGGGAUUUGUAAAAUGUGGAUUCAUUAAUUCCAUUUUUAUUGAUUUCAUUAAAUUUGUUUUGUGUUUGAAUCCUUAAAAACUGUUAUGUUACUUUCCAUGCUCUCCAUAGGUAUAAGAUAUGUCACAAGAGAUUUCAUAGUUUAACUAUAAACAGUGAUUUUAUUUGAUUUAAAUGUGUCAAACUAAAGUGAGAAUUUAGGUAUAAAAAAUAAGUGAAACUUAAGUAAUUUGUAGAUUUUACAUUGCUCGAAAUAAUUAGAAUAAGUUAUUGGUUAUACUAUUCUUAUGAUCAGUGUGGUUAAGAAACUAUCAUACAAUUUAAAUUCAAUAAAUAGACCAUUGUAACAAUUCUAAGAAUCUUAUGUUACAUUGAAUGUAUGAUUAUAAACAAGAACUGUGUAGUUAAGCCUUUGUUUAUGCAAUAAUAUUUGUUGCUAAGCAAGGUGUUGUAAUCAAAUAAAUACAUAUUUUAUA